AUGACUUCCGAGAUUCAGCAAAGCGAGGGAUCACAAAGGAUGACCCUCAGAGAAGCGUCGCCGAUGGUAACAACUGAGAAUUGUGCUAGGUUUGCUGUAGAUGAGGUGGAACAAGUGACACCAAGCCUCGGUGAUUACUCUGUUCAGAGUAGUACAGUAGAGGCUCUUGUUUCACCGGAUGAGAGUUCCGUAGAUGAGACCUCUCAUCUUACAUCCAGACAAACCACUAGCUUAUCCGCUGAGACUGCGACACUAGUUGUACUGACUGACGCGGCAGAAUCUUUAACAUCGAGUCAUGAUGAUAGCCUGCUUUCGAGCGGCAUAGAAAUGACUUCCGAGAUUCUGCCAAAUGAAGAGCCGGAAAGUGCGGUUCUCAUUGAAGCGUCGUCCAUAGAAACAACUGAGAUUGGCACUAGGUUUGCCGUAGAUGAGGUGGAACAAGUACCAUCAAGCCUGGGCAGCUACACCGACUUGAGUAGCAUAACAAUCUCUGGCCUAACAUUCGGACAAACCCUUAGUACACCCACUGUUGAGGAUCAAGGUAGAGCUAUAACAUCUAGAGGGGCGGGUAGUCUUCUAUUGAAUGACGCUGCCCUUACUACCGAAGCUCAACCGCGUAGGAGUGCUAGAUUACUCCGAUCCUCGACGCGAACCAGGCGCUCACCUGAAAGGCCCUCUGAGCCUGAAGCUCAGAACCGCAGAAGAGAGCGCCGCAAGGGUGUACUGUGGAGUGCCGACGAAUUAACAAAGCUCGCAGAACUGGUCGAGAGACACAGAAUAGCGAGCGGUCGCAUAAUGUGGGCUGACGUGGUUACGGCCUGGGAAAGCUCACGAACAAGCGGAGACCCAGAAAGAACAGAAGCGGCCCUUAAAGCUGCUUACGCGAACCUUGCCAGGCGUACUGAGCGAGGAACGGUGAGAAAUGCCCCACCAGCAGAAAAUACGCUGGAGGAGGAAAGUCAACCCGCUACUACAGAAACUGACCUGAUUAACCAGGACAGUCAGCAGGGUGGAGUGGAGCCUGUUGAGCAUAUCGAGGAACGGUCAACUAGUCCUAAUGGUGACUCGGAAACGAGCCAACCUGAUAGGACUCUCGGCGAUAAGCUCAGAGAGCGAUUCGAUGCCUAUUACAAGGCAGCCAAAGAGUCGCAUGACAGGCAACCAAUAAGAAGGCCCAAAGGAGAAAUACCUGAGGGCAUGCUCCAGCUCGCAAAUGAAAUCCUUUCAGAGAAGCUGGGGCACACUAACUCCACCAAUAAGCGCACACUGACAGCUUUGAACGCUGCAGUGUAUGCCAUCGCCAAAGCCAUCACAACGAUCCUGUUGGACGGCGAGGCUGAAAAAGCGGGUAAAACUCACCAGAAACUGAGAGAGGCGAAAGCACUGAGAGACACCCUCGUGAGUGUCGUCUCGACGCUAUCGCACGAACUCAGGAGAAGAAGUGGAAAUGCCCCGGGACCUCCUAGUGAACAGUACCGGGUCAUUUCCCGAAUACAAAGAGUCACUACAACCGUGGACAUUCAGCGACUCCGGAUAAGAUUCAAGGAUCAGCUGAAGGUUGUAAACUCUGAAAUCAAAACAAUAGAGCAAGCCCUAAGGCGCCAGCGAGAAAGACAGCGGGGAUACCCUGCUGUAGCUAGGGAACCACGCGAAGGGGAAGCUGAUGUACCGGUUGCGGAAGUGCGCGAGCACUGGAAAUCUAUCAUUGGAGAAUCGCAACCUUUCCAUCCGUCAGACGACCUUCAAGCGUGGUCUCGCUCGGUGCAAAGAGGCGAAAAUAGAGCCGCUGUAGACCUGUCCGAGGAAACUUGGGCGAAGAUAUUCGCUAAGAUAAAACCUUGGAAAGCAACAGGCCCAGACGGCAUACAGGGCUUCUGGUGGAAGAAAAUACCAGAGGCAAGAGAGAGGCUAAAAUCGUGGUGCCUUGAUGCGCUACACGCCUUAAGGCGCAAAAACGUACUACACACCUUAUGGGUAGACAUGACCAAAGCCUUCGACUCCGUGUCUCAUGGCGCUAUUAAGUGGAUCUUGGCAAGAGCCGGAGUGGCCUCCCCUACAAGGAGGCUGCUCUCGGUUAUCAUGUCCAAGCAAAGCGUCAGGUAUUGCGGACGUCAAAAUGGCAAAAUGGUCAAGAGUGAACCGUUAGGGGUCAGAAGAGGAGUGAUGCAAGGGGAUACCCUCAGUCCGCUCCUCUUCUGUAUGGCCAUAGCUCCUAUAUCGGCGUGGCUACGUAACAACGUUAGCCCGUAUAGAACAUCCACCGGAGCUCUGACUUUGCCAGAGGGACCCCUAGAGAUCAACCAUCUCUUCUAUAUGGAUGAUCUAAAGGUUUACUCGCCCAGAUGGGAUGAUAUAGUGAAAGCCCAAGAGGGCAUCCAGAAAGUGGCUGGAGAGUUAGGACUUCGAAUGAAUCCCAGCAAGUGUGCUGUGAAUUCACUGAACCACCCCCCGCCACUGGUCACAACACCUGGGAUGGAUGAGAUACCUGUCCUAGGUUCAAGUUCGCUCUACAAGUAUUUAGGAGCAGAACAGAACGCUCUUGUAAGUGUGGAUCAACUGUGGUCUCGUACUAGAGAAAAAGCGUUGGCCGCAGCCCGAAGGAUUAUGCUCAGCGACCUUGCGGUUCGCCAAAAGGUCAAUGGGUAUAACCAAGUGGUGAUCCCAAAACUAAAAUAUGCAAUCUCGUGUGUAAUUUAUGGAACAGGAAAGUUCUGCACAAUGAGAAAGCAAGCAAGAGCGUUUGAUGAGUCGGUCCGUAAGCUGUUAGCAGAAUCGCAUUUGCGAUUCGGCCACAGCUGUGUACCAAGACUCUACGUUAACAAAGAAGAAGGAGGAUUGGGACUGAAGUCCGCAGAGGAGGAGAUGGAGCACACCAUUGUUUAUACAUGGUGUUAUCUCGCCUCUCGACCAGAAUUCCAUAUCCCCUAUCAUCUUUGUGAAAGCUAUUCCAUAUCCCCUAUCAUCUUUUCAUCGCUCGAAAAGGAGUUCGUUGCGUAUAUAAAGAAUAUGCUUUCCAAGCUGCUGAAGGUGCUAGGCACCAAAUUAUUCGGAUACACAUCGGCGACUUUUGUUAUUCGCAACAUUUAA